AUGUACGAAAAUCCUGAAGAAGAAAGUUGGAGCACUAACCCUGAUGAUCAGGAAUUUAUGUUUAUUCAUGAUUAUCUGGCUGCAACAAAAGCAAAAAAACUGGGAAGAAAGUCUCAAACAUAUAUCGAUAAUAAAUUACAUAUAGAAGAUACUACAGAAGAGUGUCGACAAUUUGGACAAGUAUUAGGAAAUUUCAUACAUAAUUCACAUAAAGAUAUUGAAAAAAAUCAUUUCAAGUUAGAGAAUCCAUCUUCAUUAAACGAAUAUUAUAAUAGUUUUCCUUCAGCUCUUACUAGUUUUUUUCAUAGAUUAAUUGAAUCUAUUGAAAAACAAAUAUAUGAAGUAAGAAAAAGGAAAAGCAAACAAUCUCAUCGUAUGAGCAUUUGUUUGGGUAAUGCAGAUAUGCAAUUAGAAAGUUUGGCUGCAUUUGCGCCACUAUUUCCUGCUACUGGUAAAAAUAUUUAUAUAUUGUCAGUAAUAAUCUUUUUAGAAUCAGUAUCACGUAAUCUACAACAAUAUGAACUUUUUAAGCACAUUGCUUCAGUAAAUAUUACUAAAAAAAACCACUACUUAGCUUUUGAUGAAGCCUUGGAGCAAUAUGGCAUUAAGUUUGUUAAGCAAAACUUAACUUCUGGUUUAUCAAAUCCAGUAGUUCUAAAACAGCGAAUAAUGGCAAUUCAAGAUGAGCGUAGAAGAAUGAUAUUACUCUACAAUGAAUUUGUAGAAGACAAUAUAAUUAAUACAGGAAAUCAUAUAUUUAAUCAGCUUACUGAAACUUUAUGGCAGCUUAUUGAGGAUCUUACUACUGCAUUCGGUUAUCCUGAUUCUACUUAG